AUUUGAAGAAGACAUUGCCCGACUCAUAAGAGAUAAAUUUUUUUGUAAAACGGGAAGGAAUCUUAAUGAAAUAUUAUGAGCUAAAGAAUUUUGCUUUGAGCAAGACACACCUUUACGGACGAAGCGUCCAUUGCAGUAUAUCCGUUAUGCAAUAGGAGGAGACUGGUCUACUGCGGCGUAAGAUCAUAAAAAAGAGAAGAAGAUUUGAGGUUAUGUUAACUUUUAUUUAUGUUUUUUGAAUUCAUCUCUAUUUUCCAGUAAUUUUAAAAAUAAAAAUGAAUUCUGAUGCAUACAAAGAAUGGACCGACUUAUUCGACAGCAGUGUUUCGGAGGUUUGGAAAUCAGAAAGAAAAGAACUGCAAAAAUCUGUCAUGCUACUUUGGACAUUGAAAAAAGAACUGAAUAACGUUCAUAAAAGCCUUGAAGAUGAAGUGAGUAAUUUAAGGCAACAGCUGAAUGAUAAAGAUCGACUAGAGAAAAAAAUGAAAUUGACUAGCCCCAAGAAAAAGUCACCAAGCCAUGAAAAAGAGAACAGAUCGACUUCUCAGGCGGAAACAAAAUCUAACAAGUAUUCAAGUAAUGUUACAGAAUUGGAGAGUCCAGAUCUUUUCAAAAAUAUUGAUCCCAAUUCUCACUCCAAAUCAGAUAAACACGAAUUUUCAAACUCUAUGAUAAUUGACCUCUCUCUGUCGGAUGAUGAUAGAAGAGAAAUUGAUACUAGCCCGACACUCAUAUCCAAAUAUAGAAAAGAUCUUAGGAAAAGUAAGUCAAAAAUUAGUGGAGCAAAUAGUUCAAAUUCAAAUAAUAGCAAGGAUAUAAACUUGGUGAGAAAAAAUAUUUUUCACACUCCUGGACCUGACUUGGAAAUGUCAGUCAUAGAUUCAACACCAGAUUUGGCAAGUAGGAAACUGAAAACGGAUUCCAAAGUGAGUCAAUUGUUAAGGAAGAAGAAAGUCCAGAGAAAAGGAAGAAAUUUAACACUGACGCAAAUAUUUCCCAACAGCAUAAAAUUCAAUUCAAAUAAUGACAAGAAGUUUGAUGUUGGAGAAGAUUCAGACGAAACAUACUUUGAAAAUAACAAAAGUACUUCUCGAAUGGGCAUUACUGAUCUUCUGAGUUACAUAAAUAAAGAUGAAUCAUCCAAAGAUAACACUUUCAGUGAUAUGGAUGAUUUAGAUUCCACACAGGAAGUUGACCAGUUUUCGAAAGGGGCUUUGUUAGAUGAGAGCAUAUGUUUUGAAGAAGCAUCACCCCAGAAAAAAUUGAAACUGGCUGUUUUACCAGAGCCUGUAGUAAGAGGAAAUGCCCGUAAGGAUUUGAACGGAUUUGCUUGUGAAAAAUGUAGAAACUUUUAUGGUCAAAUGAACUUGUCUCCAGAAGAAUUGCAGAAAAAGAUGGAUGAAUGUUCAAAACAUCGCUACAAAUAUCAACCACCAGAAGACACACUGCCAGGUAUUUGGGACUUAACGCUUGCACCUUGAAAAGGAAAGGGAGAAAUAAAUCUGCUCAGUCUUGAAACCAAUGUGAUAUUUUCCUCCAUCACCAAUGUAAAGCAUAUCAUUUUGUUUAAAUUAUAUUUUUACUACUAUAUACUUAACACUAAUAUAACUCUUAGCCUAA